CAGGAAAGUCUUGAAGUCGACAGGACCUAGGAAUUUCAGAAAUGGCUGCAGAAUCAAUUGGUGGGUUGCUCUAUGGGUACAAAAAUUCCGCUAUAAUACAACCAGAAAGAAACGAUGUUGUGUGGGUAAACAAAAGACACGAUCCUCUGGACCUAAGAAGUAACGCUCCUGUUCAGCGGUCAAAAUUUAUCUGCGGACCUCCAGACAUGGCUGUCGACAAUCAUUGGAAACGCGAAACACAACCUUCGUUGAAGACUUUUUCACGGCAUCUUGAAGAAGGAAAGUGGUACCCUUCUACUCAAGCAACUAGAUGUGAAGAGUGGUCCACACUGAGACAGAUGUUUCCUUCUAAAGGCGUUCCAGAUCGAGUUAUCUCUCCACGAUGGGGAACUGGCUUACCUCUUGCGCCGAGGUUUCACCCAAAAAAUCAACAGCGAUUUCCACAUAUAAACAGCCCUAUGACACGAUAUGUAGAUGACAUGCAUCUCACAAACAGGCUCUUCAAGCUACACUGAGGCCUAAGCUGAUUUACCUGUACUUGAAAACAGUUAAAAUGUUGGUGACUAGCUGUUCCUCUAUUAAAAAACAGUAUCUAAUGGCAAUGUCUGGAGUGACUGAAAUAAUUUACACAACUAACUUAUAACAAGAAAGUUUUAUUUGAUAUUUUUCAUUCCAUUGUUUGUAAUAGGCAUGUUUUUUCACACAAAAUGUAAUAAAAUACUAAAAAUCAAGUUCACCUAGGACUUAAACAUUAUUUAGCAAGGCAACGUGUAAUUGUAGCUAUACCCUCACCACCUGAACCACUGAGUUUCUGGAAACAGAUUUCAGCAAACUAUUUGUAGUAUGGAGGCAUUUGAUGGAAAUUGUGCCAUUCUAAUGCAAGUACAAUGAAAAACCUUGUUUCUCAAAUAAAACUGAAACUCUACAGAA